AUGUCGAAAAUCGACCUGGAGGUUUUAUAUAAACAGGCAGAGCGGCCGUCUCUCGCAACAUCAACUUCAAAGCCCUUUUGGGAUACGAUUGAGUGGAACGACAGUAGAGAGAUUUAUGACCGAGGGCCCGUUGUUGAUUUAGCUUGCCAUGAAGAACUUGAUAGCUCCCACUCGCACGAGGGAGUUUACUGGGCCCAAGGAAGUCCCAAAUUUUCCGACUAUGAAGAGACUGAUACGGACAUAACAUCGGUGAAACUACAGUACUACGUCAGCGAUGAAAGUUUCGGCGAACGGAUCCAUCGAUUUUUCUUCAAAAAUACCGCGACCAGUGCAACGAUCCGGCUGUUUAUGCUCUGUGUCAGGGUAAUACUGGUUCUGGUCUAUUUCAUUCGAGCUGGCCUUGACACGAUAGACGAUGCGUAUUGUUGCAAAAGCGUAUGGGAGCCGAAUUAUAAUGAAAACUCAACAUGUAAAGUGGAAUUGAAGAAACCUGAUCAGUCUCGAUCAGGUCAUGAAACAUUCGACAUCCAAUGGGCUCCAAUUUUCCUCGUCUGCCGACCAUAUUCAAUUUGGAUCUUGGAGGUGAUAUUCACCUACAUGACCUUAGUCUACUCGAUAAUGAUUUCCAUCCUCAACAACGGAUUUAAUACGUCCGCAUUCUUGAGCCUGACUUUGCUUUUGGAGUGUAUUAUUUCUUUGCCGCUGGUUCUAUCGUCGAUGCUUUAUUAUCUUAGAGUUGCCUUUGUUCCCACAUUCCUCCACAUUUGGCUUGGUCGAACACUUGUCAACGAAACAGUCAAUUUCAUGCAGCGAGAUUCAAGAAGAAGUCAUUCUACUAUAUUUUACAAGAUCGUUCAGCUCGUUAUGUCUGUUCUAUGCAUCUUCGUCACGUGCCUUGGAUUUGUAAACCACUUCGAACGAGCUGGAGCGAAUGAUCUGAACUUGUUGGAUACUUUUUGGUUCGUCGUCGUGACUUUUUCAACAGUUGGAUACGGGGAUGUGUCUCCGAAGAUCUGGCCAUCGAAAUUGAUCGUUAUUCUGAUGAUCUUUCUUGCUCUCGUAAUUAUCCCUAUCCACGUGGAGCAGAUUGCGGUUAUUUAUCUCGAACAACAAAGGCUGGUGGAAUACAGAGAGUCACGAAAACAUGUUGUUCUUUGUACCACAGAUCUUCAAUACGACGAUGUUGUUGUUUUCCUCCACGAGUUCUACGAAGUUGACGAGCACGCUGAAAACUACUCUGUUGUGUUGUUUUGUGCAAAAGAGCCAGAUGCAGUAACGCUGAUUAUUGGUUCAACGUAUCGUUCCGAUGAUCUCCUCAGAGCAAAACUAAACGAUGCACUUGCUGUUUUUAUCUGCACUGAUAGAACUCGAAGAGGUGGAAUUUUGUCUCGAGCUGAGACUGACGAGCACACAGUUCUACGAUCUAUGGCAAUCAAGGAUUUUGCUCCUUCAACAAAGCUUUUUGUUCAAUGCUUGCGUUCUGAGAGCACUUUCUAUCUUGGUUUUGCAGACAAUUGCUUGUGCGACGAUGAAAUGAAGUACGCUCUGCUCGCUUUGAAUUGCGACAUCCCUGGAAUGAGCACGUUUAUCACUCUCCUAAUCCACACGACGAAAGGCCUCGACGACGACAUCCACGGAGAUUGGAAAGUGCAUCUAAAUCGAUCUGCGGGAAUGGAAAUCUACGACGUAAUUGCUUCUGAAUCGAAGUUUUUCAAUAGCUACAUUGGCUACAGCUUUCCACAAGCCUCAUGCGUCGUCCAUCGUAAAACUGGCGCAAUCCUUAUUGCCGUAGAACGAGAUGGAAAACUGAAGCUUAAUCCGGGCCAGGGCUUCUAUCUAGGACCGGAAGAUCGACUUUAUUACGUAUGUCUUACAGACGAGGGCGACAGUGCUUUCAUUGACGACAAUUUGGAUGAUCUAGGAGAGAUCAAUACAACUAAAAUGGGUUUUCAAAGUCCUCGAAACACGAAGAUUUCACCAGAUGCGGAUGGUCCAAAAGCUUUCCAGCAAAACAUGUCGGAAUGGACAGAAAAAAUCGACAAUUCAAAGUCUGAUCUUCUCGGAGAAUGCAAACACGAUUUUCCCCCGUGCACGCCAUACCUUGGCUACAUCACUCCUACAUUGUGUUACAUCAGAAAAGAACCCGCUUCUGUUGAAGAAAUGCUACUUGGAAAUGUUUGGGAAAAGACAUGGCCUGCAAGUCACAUAAUCGUUUCAGCUGAAGAGGCUCAAAUGGCGCUCUAUAAUUUCAUUAUCCCGCUGAGAGCUUACUACAGAAGUGUUGAUGAGCUAAGGCCAAUUGUUUUGCUUUUGGAGGAGCCGCCUUCUCAGAGUUUCUUGGACUGCAUCAGUUGGUUCCCCCUUGUGUACUAUCAAGAAGGCUCAUGUACCAGCGUCGACGACUUGUUGAAAAGUGGUAUCUUGUGGGCACAUUCUGUUAUCAUUCUGAACAGGGACCCGUCUACCGAUCUCAACUACAUGGCCGAGGAACACAUGGCCGAUUCAAAGCAACUCAUCGCCACUGAAACCAUUUGCCGAUUGUUUCCCGCUGUGAAUGUUUCUCUGGAGCUGAGCUACGCGUCCAACAUGCGAUUCAUGAACUUUUCCCUACAAACCGAAAAGGAGGAUGCAGUCCAGGGGACGAACGAGCUGUCCUAUCUUUUCCGUGGGCCAUUCGCAUCCGGACGGGCUUUCUGUAGCUCAAUGCUUGACGCUCUUCUUUACCAAUCGUUCACAAAGCCUUACCUUCCAAAACUUCUACGUCUCCUUCUCGGUCUUCAAUUUGAGCCUGGCAGUGGCUUCAUGGGCACUGUAACCGUAACGGAGCGAGAAGCGAGCCUUAAUUACAGUCAAUUGUUCAAGAUUCUCACACAGUUCACAGGAGAGAUUCCACUUGGAAUCUAUCGCAACGAGAAGCGGACCGAUUUCUCAAGAAGCUCUGGAGUUCAUAAAACGAAUUCGGACAGACGAUUUUCUGCGCGGAUAAUUGACGCUGGCUUGUCAAUUCGGAAUAAAUUUAGGCGAUCUCUUGAUACUUUGGAAGGAGCUGGAGAUAUGCUCAAUUCUCACAAUGAACCUUUGAGGCUCAGAACAGAGCGAGAUCAGCUGAAUAAUCUCAUAGAACAGCGAACCAAAUAUCUGAAAGUGCCUUCUGAGAAAAUGGAAGAAGCGACAUACAGACAAGGGAAGCAAAAUUCCGCCAACUCUGGACGCGGCUUCGUUAUUAUCAACCCUGAACCAAACUUGCCUUUGAUCGUUGGAGAUAUCAUAUACACCAUAAAGCCUAUCAAUCAGAAGAUCGAAGCUGACGUCCUCGCGACGCAUUCUGAAAAAUCAUCCUGA